AAGAAACAACACCGUAGGCUUGUUGUGUAUCGUGCUCGCUCUUUGUCAUAACGAAACUCGUUUUUGCAAUUGCCAGAUCUCUUCAUUCAAUUACAACAGCAGAAGAAACAGAAGCUUCUAGAGAGAAAGAAAUAGGGAAUUGAAGAUGGGUUGCAGAAACAGGGACUCAAUCACAGAGAAUCACACUUCGUCAUCAUCAUCUUCUUCUGAUUCACUCAGUGAAGCCUUGCUUUUCACCACCAUGUGCAUCGUUGGCCACCCCGUCGAUGUUCACGUUAAGGAUGGCUCUGUCUAUUCUGGAAUCUUCCACACUGCUUCUGUUCACGCCGACUACGGUAUUGUUUUGAAGAAAGCAAGGAUGACCAAGAAGGGAAAGGGCAACAAUAAUGUCGGAAAUGAGGGCUACGUGGAUACAUUAGUGAUUCUAUCCUGUGAUCUUGUGCAAGUUGUAGCUAAGGGAGUAAUGCUUCAUGCAGAUGUUGUUGGUGGAAACAUAACUGGUGACGAUGAGGAAGCAGUUGCGCAUAAUGUUUGUUCCGAGAGUCUAACGUGUGAGGUAGAGAAUCAUACAGGGCCUUUGAUGGACACAAAACAGGUUAAUCACUCAAGGUACUAUGAUAUCUUCUAUUUUGGAGGGCAGCACCUUAGACAAGCCGGAGACGACAAGUCAAACUCAAACGGGAAAACUGAUAACUGCGGAGAGAAGUCUGAGUUUGUUAAUGAAAAAACUGAUGAAAAGAUUCAAAGCCUCAAUUCAAGCCAUGAAACCGAUACAUCGCUAGGCCAAGAGGUAGCUGUUGAGCAUGGAAGUACAGAUAGGACAUCAAUUCCUUCUGAUAAUGGAUUACUCUGCAACAACACCCCUGCAUCUGUUAAGGCCAGUGAUCGGAAUAGUGAAAGGUCUACUUCUGCAGACUCUGUCUCUACAAAUUUAACCCAAGGUGUGGAUCUCAUCCAAGAUUCACAGCCAGCAAGAUCCAAUGAAAUAUCUGUUCCAAGGGGUACAGGUUCUACUAGAAAUGCUAAGGAAUUUAAGCUCAAUCCAGCUGCCAAAACCUUCUCUCCAUCUUUUGUGAAUCCCAUGCCAGCAACUUCGGCUGCAAACAUGGUAUACAUACCAAAUAGCUCUCCUCCAGUACCUGUUACUAUUCAACCUGAAGUUGGAUUCAAUACUUUUGCUUCUCGGCCAUCAAUGCCUGUUAAGGUUUCACAGUAUAGUAAUUUGACGGUGGGAAAUGGUGGCAGUGGCUCUCAAUUUUCGCAACCUAUUGUUGGACAUGUGGCGCAUAGAGCCCAACCUCUACGAUAUGCUACACAUUACAGUCCUGUUUUGUCUGAACCUGCUUAUAUGCAACCAAGCUCUCCUGCUGUUAUGGUUGGACGUUCCCCCCAGUUAGUCUAUGUUCAGCCAGUUUCCCAUGAUUUGAUUCAUGGAACGACGGCUGUCCCACCAGUCUCAGCUCGCCCUCUGAUGAAUCAUGUACAAUUUCCAAAGCAGCAGGGAGGAACAAUUGGUCCAGCAAUGCCGGUUUGUGUGCCCCCUCCUGUCUUAACAAGUGGACAUCAGCCCUUUACACUUCAAAGCCACAUUCCUCUUCUGCAACCUGGCUUUCCUGUCUCUCGACCUAUUUCCGUCCCAGGACCAAAUGGUUUCUAUGGCACCAAGUUUUAGUGAAAUUUUUAUUCAGAUUCUGGUGUUAAUAUCUCUUUCUUAGUUAAGGCUCAUUCUUCUUUUCUUUUCUUUCUAAUAGAUUAUGCUAUAAAAAUUUUGUCUUCUCUUAUUUGUGAGAACUGAGUGUACAGUGGCUUUCAGCUGGUAAAAUUUGUUAUUGGGAAGUUUUUGGGAGUCCUCAUCUGAAGAUAAGUUUUUGGGAACCUUUCAAGAGUUGAUAUUGUAUGUUUGACAAUUAAUCUUGAAUGAGUUCGUUAUACACAUUAAGCAUAUUGAAUGUAGAUCUUCCCAUUAUUUAUUUAUAAUGAUCGCUGACAAACUGAUGUAUUACCCAUAUA